AUGAGCGGCUUUUACAUGCAGUACCUUGAGAGCCUCUGCCGGCGCCGCGGUUGGAGCGACCCGUCAUACGCGUGCUACCGUGAUCAGGCGGGAUACACGUGUCUUGUGCUCGUGAACGGACGCGAGUACCAGACCGAUCUGGCCUACGAAUCGGAUGGUUUGGCGCAGGAGAACGCUGCCAUGCGCGCGUUCAUGGUGUGCCGCCAAUUCUCCGUGAAUGGCGGAAUGCUCGCGCGGAAUGGCGUCGUUCAGGGGCUCCCAGCGGGCGACAUGAUGGGCCGCCGCCACAAGAGCCGCCACACUUCGUCCAGCGACAGCAGCGACCGUCGAAGCAGCCGCCGCUCAGGCAACCACUCAAGCAGCAGCUCGACCGCCUCUUUCGACUAA